CGGCGGCGGCGGCGGAGGAGGCGGCGGCGGUAGUCGGAGCGCGGCGGGAGGGAGCUGCCGCCGGAGCGGGCAGAGCUGCGCGAGCGGCGGCCGGGGCCGCCCCGUCCCUGCCCUCCGCUCCCUUCAUGAGUCGCAACUUCGGGCCGGGAGGAGCAGCGGCGGCGGCGGCGCGGCGGCGGGAGCCCGGCUGGGCGGGCGGCACCGACUGAGCAUGGCCGAGCGGCGCGGGCCGGCGGGCGGCGGCUCCGGGGAAGUUGGCGGCGGGCGGCGGGCGGGCGGCGAUCGGUGCCCGCGGCGGCCGCCGGCGCUGCCGCUGUUGCUGCUGCUGUGGGCGGCGGCGCUGCCGGCCGGGGGGCAGCCCGCGGCGCAGCCCGCGGCGCUCAGCGAGCGGGGCAUCUCCAUCCCGGACCACGGCUACUGCCAACCCAUCUCCAUCCCGCUGUGCACAGACAUCGCCUACAACCAGACCAUCAUGCCCAACCUGCUGGGCCACACCAACCAGGAGGACGCGGGGCUGGAGGUGCACCAGUUCUACCCGCUGGUGAAGGUGCAGUGCUCGGCCGAACUGAAGUUCUUCCUGUGCUCCAUGUACGCCCCGGUGUGCACCGUGCUGGAGCAGGCCCUGCCGCCCUGCCGCUCUCUUUGCGAGCGCGCCCGCCAGGGCUGCGAGGCCCUCAUGAACAAGUUCGGCUUCCAGUGGCCCGACACGCUGCGCUGCGAGAAGUUCCCGGUGCACGGGGCCGGCGAGCUCUGCGUGGGGCAGAACGCCUCCGAGCGCGGCACCCCCACGCCCGCCCUGCGCCCCGAGAGCUGGACCAGCAACCCCCAGCGUGGGGGCGGCGCUGGGGGCUCGGGGCCGGGUGAGGCCCGCGGGCGCUUCUCCUGCCCGCGGGCGCUGAAGGUGCCCUCCUACCUGAACUACCGCUUCCUGGGCGAGAAGGACUGCGGGGCACCGUGCGAGCCCGGACGCCUCUACGGGCUCAUGUACUUCGGGCCCGAGGAGCUGCGCUUCUCCCGCACCUGGAUCGGCAUCUGGUCGGUGCUCUGCUGCGCCUCCACGCUUUUCACCGUCCUCACCUACCUGGUGGACAUGAAGCGCUUCAGCUACCCCGAGCGGCCCAUCAUCUUUCUCUCGGGCUGCUACACAGCCGUGGCCGUGGCCUACAUCGCCGGCUUUCUGUUGGAGGAGAGGGUGGUCUGCAACGAGCGCUUCGCCGAGGACGGCUCGCGGACCGUGGCGCAGGGCACGAAGCGGGAGGGCUGCACAAUCCUCUUCAUGAUGCUCUACUUCUUCGGCAUGGCCAGCUCCAUCUGGUGGGUCAUCCUCUCCCUCACCUGGUUCCUAGCGGCCGGCAUGAAGUGGGGCCACGAGGCCAUCGAGGCCAACUCCCAGUACUUCCACCUGGCCGCCUGGGCUGUGCCGGCCAUCAAGACCAUCACCAUCCUGGCCCUGGGGCAGGUGGACGGAGAUGUGCUCAGCGGCGUCUGCUUCGUGGGCAUCAACAACGUGGAUGCUCUGCGGGGCUUCGUGCUAGCCCCCCUGUUCGUCUACCUGUUCAUCGGCACCUCAUUCCUGCUGGCCGGCUUCGUGUCCCUCUUCAGGAUCCGGACCAUCAUGAAGCAUGAUGGCACCAAGACAGAGAAGCUGGAGAAGCUCAUGGUGAGGAUAGGGAUCUUCAGUGUCCUCUACACGGUACCGGCCACCAUCGUCAUUGCCUGCUAUUUUUACGAGCAAGCUUUUAGGGAACAGUGGGAAAGGAGCUGGGUCACGCAGAGCUGUAAGAGCUAUGCCAUCCCCUGCCCCAAUAACCACAGCAGCCAUCACCCACCCAUGAGCCCUGACUUCACUGUCUUCAUGAUCAAGUAUCUCAUGACCUUAAUUGUGGGCAUCACCUCAGGCUUCUGGAUCUGGUCGGGGAAAACGCUCAACUCCUGGCGGAAGUUCUACACCAGGCUCACCAACAGCAAGCAGGGUGAGACCACCGUGUGAGCCCACAGCCGGGCUGGAAAACUGCGGACUGCUGGCGUUCCUGCAGAGGAAAAGUCAGGUGGGGAACUCUGCGCUUGGGACAGACUUGGGGGUUUUGUUCUCCUUUUCCUCUCUCUUGCUGUCUCCUGUAGGAACUGAACGUACUGUGAGGCUGGGGGAGAGAGAUGUAAAUAACCUCUGUAAGAUUUUGUAAGUAUAUUUGUAUUUAAAUUACAAAAACAAAAAAACAACUCACUUUUUUAAUUAUUUAGGACAUUUUUAACCCGUUUGCAGAUUUUACUUCCUUGCCACCGCUUGUUUUUUUUUUUUUUUUUUCCUAACUUUAAAGAAAAA